CUAGUUUUCAAGCCAAAAAUGGCGAAGUGAAUUCUUUUUUCGUCCAGUUUGCAGGCAAAUUUCGAGAAGCGCUUGAAUUAAACAAAAGUGAACGACUUUUUUCGCCGGACUCAGUGAAAACGCAGUGCAGCGGAUCGCCCGAGUGAUCCGGCAAGAGCGCGACAAGAGCAGCGAAGAGGAAACUGCAGAAUGUGGGGCCAUUGGCAGACGGCCACCGCCGCAGUGGCUCCGAUGGGCGCACCCCCUCCGCAGCCGUCGGUGCCGCCGCCACUGCCCGACGCCCCGCCCCCACCGCCCCCCGCGGACGGGGCCUCCUCGGGAGGAGCACCCUCCGGCCAGCAGUCGGCAGGGGGAGGAGGAUCUGGAGCAGCUGCCCAGAACGACAGCACCACCCCCUCCGCUGCGGGCGCAGGCUUCAACCCUUAUAGCAGCGGACAGGCGACGGCGGGGGGCGCGGGGGCCGGCAACCCCUAUGAGCAGUAUACGGCCGCCCAGUACGCGGCCAUGACCCCGGAGCAGCAGUACGCCCUGCAGCACCACUGGCACCAGUGGCAGACCUACCAGGCGGAGUACGCCAAGUGGCAUGCCCAGUACGGCGAGCAGUACAAGCGUGAAAUGGCCGCUGCUGCCGCUGUGGCCACGACUACAGGUAUCCAAGGCGUCCCUGCACCCGUGGUAGCUGCUCCCUCGACAGCUCCGACUCCCGCAGUGGUAGCCCCACCGGGCCCACAGGCCUACCCUGUUGCCCAGAACUAUUAUCAGGCCGUCUCGGCCUCGCCGGCUCCUUCCACCACGCCGAAUGCCGUGCUGGGCGCGCCACCGCUACCCGGCAAGAUCAUGGCCCAGCCGCAGUUGUACAACCAGCCGCCGCCGCCGCCACCCCAUAAAGGCGGCUACAAUCAAAGCAAUGACAACCAAGGCAUGUGGUCGAGUGGACCGGGCAUGCAGCAGCCGCCGCCCAACAGAUAUGGCGGGCAAAUGAACCAGAUGAACUACAAUAGUGGCGGAGCAGACAACCAGGGCUAUCCCAAUCUACAGCAGCCGCCGCCCUCGCUGCAGAGACAGCAUACUCAGCAACAGCAGCAGAAUAACAUGGACAACCAGUGGGGAAAUAACAACCAACGCGGUGGAGGAGGCAGCAACAACAGCCGUCCUUCCUGGGAAACCAGUGAUAAUUCCGGGCAACAAGGUCACUGGGAUGGUCCGCCGCCACAGAAUGACAUGAACAAUCGCUGGAAUGGACCGUCACAGGGCAACAACAACAGCAAUGACAGCAACAAUCGCCGCUGGGAUGGGUCAUCAAACCAAACGCAAUCUGGCGGGGAUCAGCAACAGAACCGCUGGAUGAGCGGACCCCCACAAAGCGAUCAGAACCAGAAUCGCUGGAUGAGCGGACCUCCGCCUAGUUUGAACGACCAGCAGCAGGAUAAUCAGAAUUCCCGCCAGAAUCGCUGGCAGAACAAUAAUUCCGACAUGGACGGACCACCGAUGCGGAAUAACAACAAGCAGAACCAAUUCCAGAACAAUCGAAAGAGCUGGGGGGCACCAGACGAACGAGGAGGUGAAGAUGGAGAUGGACACCAAAACCAGAAUCCAUUUAUCAAGAACUCGCAGUCCGAUUAUGACCAGGAUCAGCCGACUGGCAACAACAACAACUUCGGCCAGCGAACAGGCAACUACCAGGGAAACUAUGGCAAUAGUUACAAUAACCAGGAGCAAGGAGGAGGAGGCAACUUUGGCAGCGGAGGAGGAAGCAACUAUGGAAGCGGCGGAACAGGCAACUUUGCCGGCAGAGGCGGAGGCCAGGACAGCUUUGGUGGCCGGGGAUCAGGAGGAUCUGGGCCGGACAACUUUGGCAAUAGCAAUACUAAUAGCUUCAAUAACAACAAUCGCCGCCAAAGCAAUCGUUGGGACAACAAUCGCAACCAAAACCAAAAUCAGGGAUAUUCCGAUGAGAGGGGCGGCGGAGGAGGAGGCAGUGGCGAUUCUGGUUCAGGGUUCAACCAAAAUCGUGGCAGUUUCAACCAGCGUAACAACUUCAACCAGCAGAAUGCACCUUACCAACAUCAGUCUCAACUUCAAAAUCAAAACCAGAAUCGCAACCAGCAGCAGGCUCCCGACCUAGACGAGGCCAGCUUCGACCGCCUGUUCGACCAGUGGGAGCAGCAGUUCGAGGACUGGAAGAGGGCCAAUGCCAAUCAUCCGGAUCGUGAUGAGUACCGCCGCUACGAGGAGGAGUUCGAGAAGCAGCGUCGUCGCAUUGCCGAACGAAGGGAGCAAAUGCGCCGACGUCGCCAGCAGCAAAUGGGUGGCUUGACAGGAUCUGGCUCGUUAACAGACAUACCGAAAGAAGCUUCAGUUGCCGGGGCAUCCAAGCCCGAGGAGCAGGAGUCAAACGAGGAUGCAUUCGGCGGAGUCCAAGGCAAUUUCGGUGACCAUGGACCACCCGCACCGGGACCUGGCCCUGGCCCUGGACCCAAUUUCGGUGAUCAGGAUAGAGGACCCCCCUUCGGACAGGGCAACAGACAACCGGGACAUCCGGGUCAUUUUGCGAAUGAGAAUCGCGCCUUUGAAAGCUCCGGAUUCAGGGGCAACCACGGUCCGCCACCAGGAUUGCAGAACAAAUACCAAACCGCCCAGAAAGCCAUCCAGGACAAACAGCCAGGCCCAGAGGAGGGCAAGGGAAACCAAGCCAAGCCAUCGGGACCACCGGCUCCACCGGCUCCAAUCUUAAAUCCGAUUGUUGCCCAGAAACCAGCAGUGCCAGCUCCCCCAGUAGCUCCACCCAUCGGUCCUGUUCAUCCGGCCUCCCUGCCGCCACCCGAAGCUCCAACUCCGCCAGUGGUUCCUGCCCCGCCGGUGGCUCCACCAACGCAGCCUCCUCCGAUCUCCACCAAUCUCGGCAAGCGGCGCCAAACACCUGUUCCUGCUCCAACUCCCGCUAAGCAGGUCAAGGAGGAGGAGCCCAUAUUCACGAUUUCCCUGGACGACGACGACGACGAGGAUGAGGUUGAACCGCCGGCAGCCGACACGCCCAUGGGCAGCAUCUUCAAAAAAAGCGAUGGCAUCCCGGGUCUGGAUUUGGUGGCCGAUGGCGGUGGCAAGAACUCAGCCUCGGUCUUCGAUGUGGGGCUCGGGGAUUCCGAGCCAGCAGCAGCGCCUGCCGCCCCUGCUAACCAGUCGGGCCCCCCGACCGCCAACAAGAGCAACGAAUCGCUGAGCAACGUGCUUAAGGACCCGAACUUCUUCAACAAUCUUACCCAGGCGGUGGCCAAUGUCCAGGAGCGCGAGCAGCGCGAUCGCCAGGAGCAGCAGCAGCAGCAUGAGCCGGAUCCGAAUCCGGAAACGGGAUCGGAUGGUCGUCCCCUGUCCUUCGCCGAGUGGCAGCGCAAGAAAAAUGGUGGCAACGAUAACAAGUCGCAGGAUUCCCGCGAUUCGAUGAGCCCCAGUGGCAGUGACAAACCAGAUAACAGUGGACCAUCCAGUGGAUUUGGUCCCGGGCAGGCUCAAGGUGCAGGUCCAGGUGCCGGUGGUACCAAUGCUCGUUCUCGUCCAAAUUCUGGGCCUGGUCCUGGUCCAAACGAUGGGCAGCGUUUCGACAACUUUGGACCGAACCAAGUCCCGGGUAGCAACUUCAUUGACUUUGAAGGCAAUGGACCCGGUCCCGACUUUGGGCCACCAGGCAGGAACUUUGGUCCCAACGGUCCAGGACCACGUGGCCCCAAUUUCGGGCCUAACUUUGGCCCCGGGGGACCUCCUUAUGGGCCCAAUGGCCCCGGAGGACCACCGUUCGGCCCCAAGUUCAGACACAAUGGCCCCAACUUCGGGCCGAACUUUGGCCCGAAUUUCGGACCAGGUCCAGGCCCACGUAACUUCGGACCUCGUGGACCCAACGGUCCUUUCGGUGGUCCCCGGCGCGACGACUUCGGUGGCCCACCGUUCGGUGGUCCAGGACCCAACUUCGGACCAGGCGGGCCACAAGGACCCAAUUCACGGGGAUUCAACAACGGUGGACAAAACAGUGAUAACCCCUUCCGCCGGCAGGGCGGAGGACCAGGUCCCAGUUUCGCCGACGAUGAUCUUGGCGCAGGACCACCAAGAGGCCCCAGGAAUUUCCCGAACCGUAACAGUUUCGGCGGAAAUCAAGGAGGACAGAACAAUCGGAAGAACUGGAAUGACGGGCCGGAGCAACAGCAGCAACCAUUCCCCAACCAAAACGAGCCCAUCUAUCGACCGAUGAAGGUAUUCGACUAUUCCAACAACCAACCAGCCGCCAAGGUGAUCGAUUAUGGCCACAAGUCGGGCGAUGGAAACCCCAUCGAGGGGCCUUCCGGCCCAUCUCCUGCCGAUAGAAUUCCGGAAUUCAGAGCCGUGAAGACCUUUGAGUAUGGCCACUCCUCGUUUUCGGGACCGAAUCGCAUGGGAAUACCAGGAGGAAUGGGCAUGGGAAUGGGAGGAGGUCCAAAUCAAGGAAUGACAGGUUGCGGCCCUAAUAGGGGGAUGACGGGAGGACCCGGAGGAGGCCCAGGAGCUCCCAAUAGCAAGCGAAAGAAUAAAAAAAGAAACAGACAAAAGAAGGAGGAGCGAUUGCAGUUCCAGCAAAAUUCGCAGUUGCAAUCAAAUUCGUUUGACGAAUGCAACUCCUCGAAUCCCGGACAGGAUGAGCAGCAGCAGGAGCAGCAACAACAGCAGCAGGACCAGGAUGAGUUCCAGGAUCACGGGGAUGAGUUCCCACCAAAUGAAGGCAAUGAUCUUGAGGAUAUUUCCGAUGGAGAAGACAAUUUAACCCCACUGGAUGGCGAGGAUGACAAUGAGGGACUGCCACCGCCGCCGCCGAUCGGCAGAUGGAAUCAGGGAAAUGUCCAGGAGCCCUUCAAUCAAAGCCCAUUUAAUAUCUUUCCCGGCCAGUCAUUUGGCGGCGGAAUGGAAAGAUCGGCUCCGCCGCCGCCAACCAUGUCGCUUUUCCCCUCGGCAGCCAAUGCCAAUGACAACAUUCCCACUCCGGUGACGGCUCCCCACCUAGAGAUGUCCGUGCCGACCAACGAGAAUCGCAACACCAUCUCCGUGGACGAGGUGCUCUUGAAUCCCGGUCGCCAGACCCGUCCCAAGCGCAUCUGCAUCAUUCUGCGUGGUCCUCCUGGCUGCGGCAAAUCGCAUGUGGCGCGUCUCAUCAAGGAAAAGGAGCUGGAGAUGGGCGGCGCCAAUCCGCGCAUCCUCAGCAUAGAUGACUACUUCAUCAUCGAGAACGACUACGUGGAGAAGUGUCCCAAGACUGGCAAGAAGAUACCCAAAAAGGAGAUACUGUACGAGUACGAUGACGCCAUGGAGGAGACCUACAUGCAAUAUCUCAUCAAAUCGUUCAAAAAGACGCUCAGUGAUAAUCUGUACGAUUUUAUAAUAGUGGACUGCAACAACAACUCGCUGCGCACGCUGAAUGAAUUUUAUUGCCACGCCAAAGACUCGAAUUUUGUGCCCUACAUCGUGGACCUGCACUGCGAUCUGGAGACGUGCCUGGGCAGGAACUCGCACCAGCGCACCGAGAACGAGAUCCAAGUGGUGCUGGACAACUGGUGCAACACACCGCUGCAAUACAUUAAGCUGGACGUGAGCACGCUGCUUGAGAACGUGGUCGAGAUGGAGGAUGUGGAGGACAUGGCUACGGACGAUAAUGCCUGCGCCGACGAUGGGGAGACUGCGGGAGCAUCCGAGGAUGCGGCUGUCGAGGAGACAGACGACAGCAACAGCGGCGAUGCCUCCAACGACUGCGGCUUCCUGAAAAGCAAAUGGGAAUGUGACACCACCGAGGAGAACCUGGCCCGCUUGGAUGGCACCAAGCGUCUGAUGCAGAACCGCCGGACAGCCAGCAUGGCUGACUAUCUCCAGCUGGAGGAUUGGGAACCACCCAGAACCUCGGCGAAUGGCAAGAAGCGCGUCCGUUGGGCGGACAUCGAGGAGAAGCGCUCGCAGGAGAAGAUGCGAGCCAUCGGUUUUGUGGUGGGCCAGACCGACUGGAACCGCAUGAUGGACCCCAAUGCGGGCAGUCGGGCCCUGAACAAAACCAAAUAUAUCGAGCGCAUCAAGCGUCGCUAGAUGACAAUUACAAACAUGCAACAGAUAAAAAAAAAACACGGAAAAAACAGUGAAAAAACUCGCAGCAUUUCCACCAACCAAAAACACAGACCAUUUCCACAUGUACGGGUCGCACCGUGCGGUAACAAAAGGCUCAAAGACCCCGAAUUACGAUUAAUCAUCUAUCAUUCAGACGCUAUCAGUAUAAUUUCGCAACCAUCAGUCAUUUUAGGCGCUGCAUUUACAAAACGAAUUUUCAAUUUCGUUGCCCACACGAACAUCCGAUCGCGAUUCAGAUCCUAGCAAAAUAUAUUAAAUAUGGGUGUAUUUUAAUUGUAAAUUAAACCAAUUCGCCUUUAAAACCGAAUGAUGCAUCCAAUUUUUUUUAGUUUGACGAAAUAUAUAAUUGAUAUACGUGAAUUUA